AAAUACAAGAGCCAGUUUUCCAGUGAAAAAGUUGAUUUAUUACAAUUAUAAAGUGCUUGAAUAAAUUGCUCCUGACUUGCUUUGAAAUUGAUAAAAAUUUUUGAAUACAUACUCUGCCGUCGUAAUAAAUUACUCAGGAAAAGCAUACGACAUGCAUAAUGCUUGAGCAAGAACUGACUGAAGGAUAAGUCGAAAAGCUGUAAAGAAUUCCUAAGGGUCCAUUGGCAACUGUGAACAAACUCUAUAUACAAUUUUGUUAUAGCAUGGCUUGGGGAUACUGGAGCGCCACAACUGUGGACCGUGGACGGUCACCGAGGCGCAAUACGCAGACAACGCCGUUACCGGUAAAUUUAGUACAGCAAGAAGAAGAACCUUGUGUGACGACAACUACGACCGCAGUUCAGUCCUCGACAACGACAAACUCAAAUACAUGCCCCAAUACACCAUCUGGCACACAAGCUGGUUUGUGCUACAGUCCCACUUGUCGAAGUCGGUGCAGCAGCCCGUGUCCCGGCAGCCCCUGUCCUGGAAGCCCUUGUGGGUCUAUUACACCACCACCGCCGCCCCCACAUCCUUUGACCUCGUCACAGCAAUAUUUGCACCAACAUUCCAAUAAGAAUUGUCCUGCAGCACAACAAGUCUUUACUGCCCAGGAUUAUCCUUCCAGGCGUCAAUCACUGGACCGGUUGGACAGUCCACAGGUAUGGACAUUUAGUAAGUCGAAAUAUUUUGAUACUAUACAGGCGAAUCAACUUUCGGAUAUAAUGUGCCGCGGUGCAGUUGUUUCGUCCAUACAGUCCGCCAAUAACACAUUGACUCGCGGUGUUUCCCUGCACAGUCGUAGCGGAAGUGCCCACGGCAGUAUUCAUGGUGGCGGCAGUCAUCAUGGAAGUCACGGAACAGUUGGUCCUCCUGGCAGCGUUCAUGGCUCAAUGGGCUGUUUACAAGGCAGUACAGGACAUUUGGUAAGUGUGGGCCAUUCCAACAGCGGGAGCGUGGGAAUGCUUACCGGUGGAACUGUGGAUACUGGCGACUAUGAUGUUCCCCAUCCACAUCCGUAUACUCAUCACUAUAUGCAAACGUCGUCGUCUAUAACGCCGCCCCAUUCUACGAUGAAUUUGAUGGGAUCCAGGCCGGGAUCUGCGGGGCCGUGCACUGGACACGAGUCUGGAUCGGAUUCUAGUCAAGGAUGUGGCUCAAUGAUGGCUUCUGGUAGUCUUAUUGGGCAUAUACAUAUGAGCACUAUUGGAGGUGCCGGUGUCCAUCACUCUCAUGUAGGUGGCAGUGGUUCUCUUGGGCGUUGUUCUAGUCGCUGCCACAAUACAACUACGACUACGGAUGAUUCUGGCGGGGGCAGUGGCGGCAGUGUUUUCGGUAGCGGCCCUUGCAUGGGCCUAGAGCACCAACAACAACAUCAACACCAUCACAUUGUUCGACAUGGCAGUGCUGGUAGUGGCCUCAACGGCUGCGGCAGUGGUGGUAGCGGUGGUCGCAAUAGUUCCCUCAGUACUAUCCACAACGGCCAUGGACACCAUCAACAGUACCAUCACGAAUGUAUUCACUACGAACGGCUACCAAUACCAGUCCCCAUACCCACUGUGCCAACUACACAUCACCAGCAACAACACUUGCAAUCAGAAGAAGAAAUUGAACCAGCAUAUGCGACAGUGUUUCCGAAUGUUCCUGCGGCCCCUGGUUUGUUGUGCGAUGGAGAAGAUCGAAGCAUAUACCGUCGUGGUGCACGUAGAUGGCGUAAAUUAUAUCGUGUCAAUGGGCACAUAUUCCAGGCCAAACGUUUCAACAGACGUGCAUUUUGCGCCUAUUGUCAAGAUAGAAUCUGGGGUCUCGGGCGUCAAGGCUUCAAGUGCAUUCAGUGCAAAUUAUUGGUACAUAAAAAGUGUCACAAAUUGGUGAAGAAGCCUUGCUCUAAUGAACACGUUGAACCAUUGGUUCCAAAAGGCUCGGAAGAAGACUUUGCCGAGCAAUUACCAAAAAUGGCACCACCCAUUCCAGACUAUCCACCCAUGCACGCCGGAGGGGAAGAAUCACGCAUCUCGGAUCCAGAGCAUUUGCCCUCGUCCUCCGGUGGUGGUGGUGGCGGAGUCCACCUGUCAUCGGGAAAAGAUCCAGUUGACAUGGGAUCGCAGCGUCAAUUUUCUUUGGAUGACUUCGAGUUAAUCCGCGUUAUUGGUCGUGGUAGUUAUGCUAAAGUAUUAAUGGUUGAAUUGAAAAAGACUCGGCGUAUCUAUGCCAUGAAAGUAAUUAAAAAGGCUUUGGUAACUGAUGACGAAGACAUCGAUUGGGUCCAGACGGAGAAACAUGUCUUUGAAACGGCUUCAAAUCAUCCAUUCCUUGUGGGCUUACAUUCGUGCUUCCAGACGCCUUCGCGUUUAUUCUUUGUUAUUGAGUUCGUUCGAGGAGGAGAUCUUAUGUACCACAUGCAACGGCAGAGGCGUUUGCCGGAGGAACAUGCACGUUUCUAUGCGGCGGAAAUCAGUUUGGCUUUAAACUUUUUGCAUGAGAAAGGAAUUAUAUACCGUGACUUGAAAUUAGAUAAUGUUUUAUUGGACCAUGAGGGCCACAUCAAGUUAACGGACUACGGAAUGUGCAAGGAAGGCAUACGCCCUGGAGAUACUACAUCUACAUUCUGUGGUACACCCAACUAUAUUGCCCCAGAAAUAUUGCGGGGAGAGGAUUAUGGGUUUUCGGUGGAUUGGUGGGCCCUUGGAGUCUUGCUUUAUGAAAUGUUGGCUGGGCGCAGUCCCUUCGAUAUAGCCGGAGCAUCAGAAAAUCCUGAUCAGAACACGGAGGAUUACCUGUUCCAAGUUAUUUUGGAGAAAACUAUUCGCAUACCAAGAUCGUUAAGUGUCAAGGCGGCUUCUGUUCUUAAGGGCUUUCUCAAUAAAAAUCCAGCUGAUCGCUUAGGCUGCCACAGAGAAACCGCUUUUAUGGAUAUUAAAAAUCACCCAUUUUUUAAGGUUAUCGAUUGGGAAAUGGUUGCUCGAAAGGAAGUAGCGCCACCAUUUAUACCAACAUUUGAUCCUGGUGAUCCUUAUUUGACAACAAACUUUGACAUUCAGUUUACUAGGGAGCCAACUGAAUUCUCUCCUGAUGACCCCCGUGUCAUUGAUAACAUCGAUCAGUCGGAGUUCGAAGGUUUCGAGUAUGUCAAUCCAUUGCUAAUGUCCUUGGAAGAUGAAGUUUGACAUCACGAGUUCUGUGAUUUGCAUCCCUACAAUAUGCGUCUGUAUGGCGAAGAUUCCAGUGACUAUGAUUCAGUUGCUGAUGAUUUAAGUUUAAUGCGCAUAAACGCUCCUAAUAACAAUUUAGCAACACAAUUGAAUAAUUACAUCAAUGAUCAACACCACCAACAACCACAACAUCAACUUCAUCAUGAAUCGCAGCAGCAGCAGCAGCAACAGCAAACAUACCAUGAAUAUCAUUAUGACCACUCACAACAACAACACCAAGAACAGCAACAUUCACAUAAUGGUAACAAUAAUAAUACACAUAACGCAAACAAUAAUAAAAGUAGUUUAUUGCAGCACAUGUUUUGCCUUCCAUUAAACUAAUCUUAUAAACAGACAGACAAGUACAACAAAUAAACGAAAAUAAUGUCUGCAACUGAAAACAGAUAUCUUAUGCAAAAUAAAUUAAAGUACUUUGAAUGUAUGAAUCAUAAUCACAUUAACGGCUCAGAGUCUAUGAGAGACAUUAAAUAUAAUAAGAACUCACACUGAUUUUUCUAUUCAAAACCACAACCACGUCAUACUAUAAAACAUAACGUAUAAAAAAUAUUAAAGUAUCUAGAGGAGGAGAUAAAUGUAACUGAAAAUAAAUUUAGAAAUCGCAAUAUUCUAUUGAAGUAUUUUCUGAAAAUGGCACCUCACAACAUCUCAAUAAUAUGAUCAUUAUCAUGAAAAUGCAACUAAUCGGCAAUACAAAUAUUUCACAUCUUAAGUGGGUUUUUUCUAUUCAUACUGUGCUCUGUCCCAGCGCAUUGUUCGUUUUCAAGGCUACCUCUGCAUGCAUAUUUGUGGAGAGAGCACCUAGCCAAAAGUGGUGCAACUUUUAGAUCUACAACUUUUAACAGAUUUAAAAGUUACUAUCAAAUAAAACAUAGUCGACUACGAAACCGCAUCUAUCGAGUAUUGAACAAACAUUUUGAGUCGUUAUUUUUUGUGCGUAUGUAGGAAGAGAUGGAAAGUAUUUCGAAAAAAAUUAUGUAAAUAAAAUUUUCUACAAACUUACACUUUCUGGCUAAAUAUUCAGACUAAAUAUAUCAGAAAUAUGUGCAUGAAGCCGUUGUGAGCGACAGAAGAGAGCUGUAUGACGACACACUUGUCAAAAUAUGAAACCAUCCGUUUCGACAUUAAUUUUCCCCGUAAAAAGUUGUUGUUUUUUAUGAACUAUAAACAUUUACAUUUUUAAAUUCUCUCUCCGUAUAAAGAAAACCAAUAUAACUUUAUUAUUGCAAAGCUUAUUGAAAACACAAAUAAUAUCCAACUUUUAAAUAUAAAAUUCAAAUUGUUAUUAUUAACACGAUCAUUAAUAUAUAUUUAUAUUUUGUGUCUGCAUUAGUGCGAGGUUUUCGUAUAGAGAUGCAUACACUUCAUUAAGAAUUUCAAUAAAGGACACUGAUAUUGAA